AUGUCUUUUGUCCACGUUAAUACCACCAAUAAACUAAUUGGCAAUAAACCACGAGGAGGAAAACGUGUAAUGAAGAUUCAUCCCACAGCGUCAGCCAACAUGAGUCAGCAAAUGCAGCCUAUAGUAGUCUUACUACAACCACUAAAUAACACAUUUACCAUGAAAAAGUUUAUCCUGGCGGACAAAGAAAAGGUAAAAAUCGGUAGACAGACGACCACCAAAACUAUGCCUUCCGAUACCAAUGGGUACUUUGAUAGUAAAGUCUUGUCGAGAUCGCAUGCUGAAGUUUGGAAUGAUCGUGGAAAGGUCUACAUCAAAGACGUGAAGUCUAGUAACGGCACUUUUGUGAACAACCGCAGGUUGAGUCCAGAAGGCUCAGAGAGCGAGCCGGAAGAGCUCCAUGACGGUGAUAUUUUGGAGUUUGGAAUCGAUAUCUUAGGAGAUGAUAAUCACACAAUAAUGUACAAAAAAGUUUCAGCUAAAGUACUGACCAGUGGAGCUGUAACAAUUGAUCCUAAUAAUAUAUCGAGUGGUGAUGAGCGAGGAGCAGUAGUUCAAAAGAAUGGGUCACUUAUCACAAUGAUAAAUUCUUCUCUUGAGCGUGAAAUAAUAAAUACGCAAGAAACAAAUCGUCUCUUGAAAAACGUUAAAAAUAAAAUUGACGCAUUUGGAGACAGACUGGCAGAGAAAAACGUAGAGGUCAAAACUGAAGAAGCUGCGGAACAAAAAAGAAAACAGUCAUUGACCUCUCUAUUAAGUAGUAAUCAAAGAAAGUUUUCUAGGAAAUCUAAGGAGAAUUCAAAGUCACAUGUAAAAAGCAGAACUCGAUCCAAUUCAAUAAUUUCUAAUGAGAAGCCACCAAUACCUCCAGAAGACAACGAAACAGUCAAAAUUCUUAAUGGAGAGCUUAAUCCGACACAUAAAUCUUUACUGCAUAAAAUUGCGGCGAGUCGGUCUAGUUCGAAUUCUAUAGAUUUGGGUAGUAAAAUUCCAAGUCCUAAUGUUCAACAUGAUGACAACACAGUCAAAAUCGUCAACGGAAAUGAAAAUUCGGAAAACAAAUUUCUGUUGUCUAGACCUCGAUCCAAUUCGUUUGGCUCAACUAGGAUUCCCGUAUUUUCGCAAGCUGGUGAUAAAGAUUCUGUGUUGGCCAAUGGUCAUGGAGAUUCAGCAGUGAAUGUAAAAAACAGGCCUCGUUCAAAGUCCAUAGUUGCGAACGAAAAUCUCUCAUUGAAAAAACAUAAGGACGAGAAUAAUAAUACAUCAAUAGGCAUAAUACCAAUGAAAUCAUUGGUCGACCUCGAAAAUGAUUCACUGAAACUAACUGAAAAUGGCAUCAAUGAUUCGAAAGUCUCGUCGGAUUCGGAUGAAGAACCUUUAAUUGUUUCGUCAUUACCCCAAGAUGACGAAAAAAUGACUUUUGUAGUACAUAAAAAUAGCGGACACACAGAUUCCCCUGAUAAACUUGAGACAAAAAUAGUCACAAUUGACUCCGAAGAUCAAACCAAAGAUGAUGCGGGUAUUCACGUUGAACUCCAUAAUUUGACAAAACAAGAGUCUCUUGGUGAACUCGAAAUGGAUAUUCCAAAGUCAGAUUCAAUGGACAUUAACGAACAAGCUAUUGCAUCAAAGUCUCUCGACGACUUUUCGAAUACAAAUAGUUCAUCAAUUAUCUUAAAAGGGAAAGGUAGAGUCGAAGAAGUGGAAUCUAAUCUUUCCGAAAAUCCCUUCGAUAAUUCACACACAAGCUCAGUAAUGACUCUCAUACGAAACCCUGUAUUCACACCUAACUUUGAUAAUGACGACUCGGUUGUAAUAUCAAAGAUGAUAAAUUCAAUAAUUACACCAGAUUUGCAAAAUUCAGUUGAUAAAGGCACAAUCGUCAUUAAUUCAAAAGAAAUAACUGUUGGUAUUCGAGGAUCAUCUCCACAACCAAUUGUUUCAAAAAUUCCUCGAAGAAAGUCGAUCGAUCAUUUUAAAGAAUCGUGUAUCAUUGACGAUCACGUGAUUUCCAAUGAUUCUGAAGAUGCUAAAUCGAGUUCAGUUAUACGCCGUCAUUCUAUUGACUUGCCACGCUCAACGCAAUCUAAAAAUACGAUUGUUGUUCAUCGAUGCAAUUCUUUGAAUUCCCAAUCAAACACACACAGUAGCAAUAGCAGUGGUUCUUCUGACUUAAAUUUCGUCAACUUUAAGAAGGAAACGAGACAACGACUCGCUGAAAUAAAGCGUGUUGUUGACUCUGACGACAACAACAAAAAGAUCGCUUCACUCAGCCGUGAACUAAAAGCAUCAACUCUACGGGUUAACGAUCUUUCAACGAAAUUAACGGAGAUGGAUAAACGCUGCCAAUCUUAUGCGAGACGCGAGAAAGAGUUGAGAGAAUCUCUCGACGAACUAAAAAAGUCCCUUACGGAAAUACAAGAAUCUCGCACGCACGAUUAUUCCGAUGCAGAAGCAUUAUCUCGACGAUUAGCAGUUCGUGAAGCCCAUUUAGCACGUAUUAAAGAAUCAAGGGAAAAAGGAACAUUAAUAUUAGGUGGGGCCCUGUUAAAAGAUGCAAAGACGGAUGUUGAUAAUGGUGUUGGUGUCGGUGACGGUAGUGAAAGCGUCAAAGCGAAUGAGGAACCAAAAGAAAUUAUGAAUGGUAGUCUAAUGAUCUUAGAGGCGGAGACGGUACAAGAUGUUCAUAAGUUUGUUGAGCAAGAUCCGUAUGUCACCGGAAGUGUUUGGGAACGAGUCGUCGUUUUGCCUUUUAAGAUGGCUCCUAAAUAA